AAAAUGCUGCAAUUUUGAAAUUCAAUAUUUCCGAUUUAAGGCAUUUCUCGAUGUUGUGAGUGCCGAAACCGGUAAUUGUGAGCCAGGGACCCCAUUUUGGCUAUCUCAACUCAAAUCUAAUGUUAAGGUGGGAGGGUCCCUUUAAAAAGUGUCAGGAAAGAGGUAAAAAAUACAAAAAUCCUAGAUAGGCUCCUGUGAUUUUCCAAGAAUUUUCACCGUAACAGUAACAGCCAACAGGAUGGAGCUGUUGAGGAAGUGCGGGUCUGCGGCCAACCUGGCCGCCGACUCCCUGCUGCUGGUCGGUGAUGUUGUGGUGAACCCCGGUCCCCGUCUUCAAGGGCACAUCGCCGCAGAGGAGUUGGACAACGGCGGGGACGAAGCCGGACGACAUUAUGCCGCAGUCUGCGCCACAGCUUUGGGCCCGUCCCACCAGCAACACCGGCUUCGUGACGCUGCACUGGGUCAGGACGAGCCAGUGCAGUCACGCUGAGCUGCUGGAGGCGCUGCCGGCCGACUCGGUCCGCCAGCUUAUGCUUGAGUUUUGCCGGGUGAUGAAACCCGGUGAGAUCACCCCCACCGGCCCUGCGGUCAACGUCAGGCGGCCAGAUGAUCCUUCAGACGGCGGCCGAGACUACGUAUUUUGCCUGCAUGUACGCGGCUGGUGGCCCUACCCGAAAUGGUCCGACCAUCACCAUUUGGAGUCCCAUUUUCCGCCGGCGGCGGCGCGGGACGACAUCCCUCGGUUCGGCGUACAUCUGGUGCCGACCGGCUGGCCGGGCAGCGAAACUGAAUCUAUAGAAUUUCGCGUCUCGCUGUCCCGGGCAGAAGCGAUCGCCGUCCGUCACCUCCAAUCUGGGCUGCGAGCUGCCAUCACCACAGUUAAGGCAAUGAAAAAGAUGCUGAACGAAAUGAUGGGAAAAUUGUCGAAAGAGAGCAGGGUAGCCACCGACGGCCUGAAGUCGUACUUCCUCAAGACGGCGGGGCUCUGGCUAGCUCAGGACACGCCUGGUGGACCGUGGUCGAGCGUCACCGAGAGCGUCCAUCUCAUCUUGGGCUGGCUGGAGCAACGAUUCACCGACGGCUGGCUGCCCUGUUACUUCCAUCCGGGCAUUAAUGUGGUGGGGGAACUGACCCAAGCUCAACGGCAGGCCAUCAUCGGCUCCCUCAGACUGAUGAGGGAGCAUUCCACACCGCUCAUGAUGGCCAGCUGUGAGAAACGGUGGGGCCCCACCUUAGACAUACUGCUGGAGGGCGGGACCGAGCCGCUCUCAGAGCGCCAGCUGCGGCUCCGUCUGGGACGGACGCUCGUCCGGCUAGCAGUGUACGACGCUAUCAGGUUCCGCUCCACGGCUCCCUGCUGGGAGAGCUGGUGGAAGUGGACCAUUCCCAGCCUGGCUCGUGCGGCGCCCCACCUGCUGCAGUGGUUCCGCUACAUGACAUCAGGGACACACCGCCAACAGUGCCUUCUGCUCAUGGCGUGGAGCGUAGUCGACCCGGCGGACCUGGUGGGCGGAUCACCGAUUACGUCACCGGUCGGCGACGUGGUCACGUUGGACGUAUAGCCACUGACGGAGCUGCUCACCAGUUCGGACCUGCAGUACCUGCUGGGUGGCCCGGCCGCGGUGGCCGCCUGGUGGGGUCGGCAGCUGCGGCGGCCGCCGGCGGAGCGGCCGGCCGGCCUGACUGCCGAGCUGGACACGCCGCGGGGUCGGGCCGAGUUGCUGCUGCGGCCCGAGCUGCUUCUACGCGCCGCCAGUGAGGCCGUACCGGCGAAAUUGGACUGGUGGCGAGUGGUGGACCGGAAGGAGAAAGAGCACUGGGCGUGGAACUUCCGCCCACCGCCCACCUACCAGUGGUGCCGGGAGAUGUUGGAGCAGCACCUCAGCUGUGACCUGGAGUACAACCUCAGUGAAGAGAUACCAGAGAUGGACGGCCCGACGGUGGUCGCCACAGCUGACCUCUGGCGCCGACGGACGCAGCAGCUGCUGACCGGUGACCGGCUGCGCACAGCCUACGAUGCUGUUGUCAGCCAGUGGCCGGACCGGUGGCGGCUGCUGCCCUACUACCUGAAGGUGGACGAGACCGACACACGAGUUCCGCCAUCACCAACGUCCUCAGCAUGACCAUGGCCAUCACUAGCAGUGGCAGCAUCAGCAGCAACGGCCAGGGAUUGCCACCAGCAGCAUCCAUGCUCCCACAGCCGUGGCAGCACGACCAGUGCCACGUCAGGACUAUGAUAAUAACAACCAUGCGUGGGUUACGUCCACGGCAUCAGCUUACUGAUGCCGUAAGACUGUCCUGUGCCAAUUGCGUGGUUCUCUGUCUCGUUUGUUCCAGUUUUUCUCUCUUUCUCUAAAACACUAUUUAGAAACACUACUUAGGCUUAUUCCGGAUAAUUGUGUCUGAAACUUGGAAUCGCAUGACGUCAAUCGAAAAUCAGUUAAAAUAAAUAGGUAGGUACCUUUGUCAUUUGCUGCGCUGGCAGGUUGACGGAGGCGAGUGUGCGCUGUGGUGCAGAUGAGCCGUCGGCCGCCGGUGAUUGAUCUGUCGCACACUCGCCCGUCUGAGGGUGAGAUCGCUGGACUUUCUUAAAGUGGGUAUCCUGAUUUGGAUUGCUACCUGUCCAUGCGCACAUACCUCGCCUGUGCCUUCGCCAAAACGAAUGUGGUGGCCUGAGACAUCACCCUUGGGCACCCGAGUGAUGCUUUAGAUCGGUAGGAGGACAGACAGUCGGCCCGUGCGCCGACGGGACCCUUGCGGCACGCAGUGGGCUGGCCGGUGGGAGCCGCCCCGUCCAGUCGGCCUCCCCGCGGCUGACUGGUCGCGACGCCGACCGCGGCACCGGCCGUCGAUCGCGAUUGCAUUAAUGACUCGUCUGCGCGGGGGAUGUGCCCGCCUGAAGAGCUGGCCGUGAUGAGCCGCGGGGAGGAGCCAAUCUGACUGCUGGCGGAGGGGCGCACCGCCUCGGGGGUCGGGUCAGCCGGCGCCGGCCACCUAUAAAGGCCAGGUGGGACGGUUCACCGACAUCACUCGCUGCCGCCGAGUGAGCAGCACUGCAGCAUCUCCUCUGCGCCAUCAGGAUGCGGGCCAUCUUCCUGUCUGCUGCCUUGUUGGCUGUGUCUGUGGCCACGCCGCAGUACUACAACAACAACCGGGGCUCCAGUUCCAGCGGGCUGCUGAACCUCUUCAGCAGCAACGACGGCGGCUGCAACCCCGCCACCGGUGCCGGCUGCGGCGGAAGCAAUGACCGCAACGUGGGAAACACGUUCGUCAGCGGCGGCAACGCCAACUGUCCGCAGGACCGUGUGGUCACGGUGCCGCGGGUGAGCACCUCCAUCCAGCAGAUCGUCCGCACCGUCCAGGUGCCGCAGGUCAACACCCAGGUGGUGACUCAGACCACGCUGGUGCCCUCGUUCGUCACCAGCACGGUGGUGAGCACCGACAUCGGCACGCGUGUGGAGUACCUGACCCGGACGGAGACCAACGUUGACACCCAGCAGGUGGUCUCCACGGUGCGCCUUCCGGACCAGGUCAACGAGGUGACCCAGACCGUGUACCGCACCGAGCUCGGCACCGAGUACAACACGCAGACCCAGUACGUGACGCGCCAGGAUGUGCGCACCAGCGUCAGCGUCGUCAACACGCAGGUUCAGGUGCCGACGGUGGUGCAGGUGCCGCGGCUGCAGGUUAGCACCCAAGUGGUGCCGGUGCCCGGACCUGCCCAGACCCAGCUGCGCACGGUCUACAACACCCGCGAGAUCACCAGCUACUACCAGGUUCCAGCGGAGACCAUCGUCAAGACCAGUAUCCAAUACAGGACGGAGGUGGUGUCUCAGCCGGUCCGCCAGCCGGACACCUACGUCACCGUGACCAGUGUCAACGUGGUACCCGUCACUUCGAUCGUCUACCGGACGCGCGUGGUGCCGCAGUACGUCACCAACACCAAGAACGUCGCCAACACUGUGACACGCACCUCGGUCACCACUCAGCUGGUGCCUGUCCGCAGCACCAUCGUCCAGAACGUGGUCAACACGCGCUUCGUCACCGACUACGUCACCGACACGCAGCGGGUGGUGCGCACCGAGGUGAAACAAGUGUACAGCACGGUGCGCGUGCCGUCGCAGCCGCGCGUGGUGUACCGCACAGAGGUGGUGCAGGUGGCCAGCACGGUGCGUGGCGCCGACACCUACAACACCCAGAUCGUGACGGUGCCCGUGCAGCGUGAGGUGUACAACACGCGGAUUGUGGACCAGGUGCAGAACCAGGAGCGCGUGGUCACGCAGAAACGCGGCGGCGGAUACUGCGGCGGCGGCGGCGGCGGACACGCAAAGGGGUACGGCGGAUACCACAGAUAUUGAGCGGGGCAAACGUGCUGCACUUUACCAUCAGGGGACAGCGAUUUUGAAACACGGGGCCUGUUGAAAAUUAGAAGUAUGUCCAAACCUAGACCGUAUGUUUUCAGAAAUGCUCAAUUAUGUUGAGUGGUGGAGAUGCAUAAACGUAUCAGUUAUUUGAACAAGUGUAAUACAGACGAUAACUCAA